CAACGGGAGUGUUUCGUCCGUAUUGUUGAGGUUAACUGUCUGGACUUUAUUUGUCUGUCUGUGGAUGAUUUGGUUGAGCUAGCUAUAGCUAGCAACAUUUGAUAUAUUUGUCAGCAUCAGAGACCUAGUGUGACUCAUGUCGUCGCUACUAAAACCGUUUUCGGUAACGGACGGACCGUGUGAGAGCAGUGGUCUAAGACAAAAAUGCUCCACCGUUCCUGCGUCGCACUCCCAGUCUCUUACCUGCAAUCCAUCCCAGCAUGUUGGUACUCCAACUGUCGUUGAUGCAUCUCGUUCGUCUCCGAUCUACCAGUCGUACUCGGCCAGAAGGACACUGGCAGCUGCUUCAAUCGGAGGGAGAAAAAUCACCCAUCCUGGAAAAGCCAUUCUUGCAGGUGGUAUUGCAGGGGGUAUAGAGAUUUGCAUCACCUUUCCUACAGAAUAUGUCAAGACCCAGUUACAGCUGGACGAGAGGGCUAAUCCACCACGAUACAGAGGCAUAGGAGACUGUGUGAAACUGACAGUGCAGGACCAUGGUCUUAGAGGUCUGUAUCGAGGCCUCAGCUCCCUGCUCUACGGCUCAAUCCCCAAGUCUGCAGUAAGGUUUGGGACGUUUGAAGUGCUUGCCAACCCCAUGCGGGAUGCCACCGGUCGCCUAGACAACACGCGGAGCCUCUGGUGUGGUUUGGGGGCUGGGAUAGCCGAGGCCAUCAUCGUAGUUUGUCCAAUGGAAACCCUCAAGGUGAAGAUGAUCCAUGACCAGUGUUCCCUCCAGCCGCGCUACCGAGGGUUUUUCCAUGGUGUCAGAGAGAUCAUCAGAGACCAGGGUGUGCGGGGAACCUAUCAGGGUUUGACUGCCACUGUGCUGAAACAGGGAUCCAAUCAGGCCAUCCGAUUCUACGUGAUGAACUCUCUGCGCAACUGGUACAAAGGUGAUGACCCCCAUUGUGAGAUGCACCCGAUCGUCACGGCGAUGUUUGGAGCGACUGCAGGGGCUGCCAGUGUGUUUGGGAACACCCCUCUGGAUGUGGUCAAGACCAGGAUGCAGGGAUUAGAGGCUCAUCGCUACACAAGCACGGUGGACUGUGCUUUUAAGAUUCUGAAGAACGAGGGACCACAGGCGUUCUACAAGGGCACAGUUCCCAGACUGGGCCGGGUGUGUUUGGAUGUGGCCAUAGUCUUCGUUCUCUACGAAGAAGUGGUCAAACUGCUCAACAACGCCUGGAAGACCGAAUGAACCAAUCAGGGCGCAGCAGAGAGAAGAGUAGGCGGGUAGGAGCAGACAGACAACCAAUCCCAGACCAGCCCCUAACCCCCUGACCCAAUGUCUGAAUGAGAUGAGAUACAGUAAGAUAAGUCACAAUUUAGCUUUGUAUGGCCUGUCUAGAUUAUAGAGCUGGCACCAUGGACAUACAUUCCCUGUUCAUUUCAAUGAUUUGAUCUGUGUGAGGGCGGGAGUCAGUGGCUGAACGGUUAGGGAA